UUUCGCCGCUCUGGUGGCGAUUGGGGCAAACAGUAAUGGCUGCCAUGUUUACGUGUUGUCUAAACUGCUGCGGGGAUGGAGGCUCGGGACAUAUUCAACUUAAAGAGAUGCCCACGGUUCAGCUAGAUACCCAUCACAUGGGCACAGAUGUUGUCAUAGUGAAGAGUGGACGGAGGAUAUGUGGCACUGGAGCGUGCCUAGCGAACGCUCCCUUGCACCAGAACAAAAGUUUUUUUGAAUUCAAGAUUCAGUCAACAGGUGUGUGGGGGCUCGGUGUAGCCACACAGAAGGCCAACCUUAACCAAGUGCCUUUAGGCAGAGAUUCCAACAGCCUCGUCCUGAGGCACGAUGGCUCUGUUUUCUACAACAAUGAAGAGAAGAACCGCCUUCCUGCGAACAGUCUCCCUCAGGAGGGUGACAUUGUGGGCGUCACAUAUGACCACGUAGAAAUGAACUUGUACUUGAAUGGUAAGAACAUGCAUUGUCCCGCAUCAGGGAUCCGAGGCACUGUUUACCCUGUUGUUUAUGUGGAUGACAGCGCCAUCUUAGACUGCCAGUUUAGUGACUUCUACCAAACACCUCCACAAGGAUUUGAGAAGAUCCUCUUUGAACAACAAAUCUUCUGAAAAAAAAAGGCCUUCUUCGUCAUCACUUAUCCCUAUGUAUCACAUGUAAUGUUUGACUGUGAUUGGCUGAUUAUACUGUAUGUGGCACUGAUGAUACCCCCCCCCCCCCCCCCCCCCCAUGGCUCCGGAUUGCCGUAAAAGGAGUAGCUUUGAAGGAUUUAAUGUUGAUCCAUGAUCAUUGGCCUCAUUUGUGUGUCUGAGAAGACCAAUAGUUAGGGAUGGGCGGUUGACUACAUUUUCUUGAUCAAUUAAGAGAAAAUUAGCAACCAAAUUAUUCUUUUGUUCUGGACUCCUGUUUUCAUGCCAGUGUGUUACUGAAUAGAAUAAUGCUGAGUGGAUGUAGCUCAUCUUCACAUAAGUCAUGCUAGUCUUUAGCUGCACCUUCUUUAGCCAUCAAACUAGCUGAAUCUGUCGGUUGCAGAUGAGUAGUGCACCCCAAUUUUGACAAUUAAUUCAGUUAAUCAACCAAAUGAUUAUUAUGCCCAUCCCUACAUUGAGUAGCCACCCACAGUGGAUUGUGUCUACUGCUGCUCUGGAAUAAGUAAUGAUUUACACACAAUGAUGCAAAACAUGCCCAAUAUACAGUAUGUACUGUAUGUGUAAUUAUAUUUAUUUGAUUCAUAGAUAAACUGUCAAUGCUGAAACAUCACCCUCGUUUUUACAUUGUCUUCAGAUAUUCUUAUGUUCAUGAGCGAUAUUAUUGUCAACAUUAUUCUGCGACCAAAACCAAUUCUGUGUGGAGUAUGCUGUUUAUUUUUAAUGAGGUGUAAUGUUAUGUCAGAGUUUGGUCAAAGUACAUAUCUUGGAUCAUGGUACCUGAAAUAUAAGCUCCACUGUUUUGACAUCAGAUGGUGAUAUAUACUUUAAAGGAUUCUACAGUUUCCCCUGUUUGUUCAAAAUCUAUGCCGUAUGUUUUCACAUGGCUAUGGCUUCAAAUCACUGUAGUCCUGUGAAUGCUCUCAUUUGCUGGUACACCUUUCAGGAGAAUCGCCUCUCUGCGUUUCCUUUAUUGUUCCUCCUCACAACACUCACUAGCAGCACUGUGUGUGUGUGUGUGUGUGUGUGUGUACACUCGCCUACAAAUGCACAUGUCAAUUUAUCACAAUUAAUUUUCUAUCAUUAUCAUUUGAUUUGUUGAUUAAUGUAUUGAUUAUCUUGAUGGGCCCAAGCUGACAAACAUUACAUUUAUAGAUCAUUUCUACAAACAUAUCCCUAGUCUCUGUUCCUCAAUAUGUAUAUGGUAUUGAGAUAUUUUACGGCAUAUUUAUUCUUCAAUAUUAUCAUGUUGUGCAGCUUGUCUGAAAACUGACAUGUAUGGUUAGAAUUAUGAUAUAUCGGCAAAUGUUACUGCUCAAGUGUGGCAUUUGUUUUCUACCUGUACGUCUUUGUUUGCACUAACUGAUGAUUGUAUAAGCCAAUCCAAAUAUUGUUGAUUGAUUAAAGAUAUUUGUCUGCAGGAAUCUCUGUUUAUUUUUCUAUUCUAUCUUGUAUGUAUUUGUUUGUGUAACUUUUGAA